AUACACAAACAGACGCUCCAAAAAUUUCUCUGUAUUGUUUACUUUUGAUGUGAAAGGAGUUUAGUUUUUCUCUUGUAGUAGAGGAGAGACCACAAGGUUGGUGAUACGAAGAAGAAGAGGAACAUGAAGCUUCUCUGUGUAUCUCAGAUUUUCUUUUAUUAAGAGUUAUUUUUCUUCUUUCUUUUUGGGGAUUUGGGUAUUCUUGGCUUCGUUUGUCUCUGUUCAAGAUGGGACAAAGGUUUUGACUUUUUCCGAUCUCUCUCUUCUCUUCUCUUCUGGGUUCAUUUUCAUUUCUUCUCAAAGUUUUGAUUUUUUUUUUACCUGAUCUGUGAUUUGAUUUGUUUCUAUUUUGUCCUCCUCUCAUUCCAGUGGUGUGGCUUUGUGUUUCUUAUGAUCCGAGGUUUCUAAAGUAGGCACCUUUUUUUGAUUACUGAAAUCUUAAUUAGGGUUUCAGUUAAAAACCCAAACUUUUGAGUCCAGUCUUGACAAAAAUUAGGGAUUUGAUGCAUAUCUCACUCUGGAAGCCAAUUUAUCACUGUGCUGCUGCUCUAGUAUUGGACAAGAAGAGCACUGGUAGUAGCAGCAACAGGAAUCGAGAUGUGACUCAGCGGAAACUCCAUGAAUCUAAGCUCAGGGAAGCUCUCGAACAAGCGUCGGAAGAUGGGUUACUCGUCAAAUCUCAAGACAUUGAAGAAGAAGACGAGUCCCAAGAUCAAAUCCUUGGACGGUCAAGAUCACUCGCUAGACUCAACGCUCAACGCGAGUUCCUGCGUGCUACAUCACUCGCAGCUCAAAGAGCAUUUGAAUCAGAAGAAACUUUACCUGAGCUUGAAGAAGCACUUGAAAUGUUUCUGACCAUGUAUCCAAAGUAUCAGUCUUCGGAGAAAGUUGAUGAACUCAGGAACGAUGAGUAUUUUCACUUAUCAUUACCAAAGGUUUGUCUUGACUAUUGUGGAUUUGGGUUGUUCUCCUAUCUUCAGACAGUUCAUUACUGGGACACUUGCACUUUUAGUCUGUCGGAGAUUAGUGCCAAUUUAAGCAACCAUGCUAUAUACGGUGGUGCUGAGAAAGGAUCCAUUGAACAUGAUAUCAAGAUUAGGAUUAUGGAUUACUUGAACAUCCCUGAGAAUGAGUAUGGUCUUGUGUUCACUGUCAGUAGAGGUUCCGCGUUCAAGUUGCUUGCAGAGUCUUAUCCAUUUCACACAAACAAGAAGCUUCUGACUAUGUUUGAUCACGAAAGCCAAUCCGUUAGUUGGAUGGGUCAGUGCGCAAAGGAGAAAGGGGCAAAGGUUGGUAGCGCCUGGUUUAAGUGGCCUACGCUUAGGCUGUGUUCAAUGGAUCUUAAGAAGGAGAUUUUGAGUAAGAAGAAGAGGAAGAAGGAUUGCGCGACCGGUUUGUUUGUAUUUCCUGUCCAAUCAAGGGUCACUGGGUCUAAAUAUUCUUACCAGUGGAUGGCAUUGGCUCAGCAAAACAAUUGGCAUGUGUUACUUGAUGCUGGUGCUUUGGGUCCUAAAGACAUGGACUCGCUUGGAUUGUCUUUGUUUCGGCCGGAUUUUAUCAUCACUUCGUUUUAUCGUGUGUUUGGUUAUGAUCCAACUGGGUUUGGCUGUCUGUUGAUUAAGAAAUCUGUGAUUAGCUGCUUGCAGAGUCAAUCCGGGAAAACAAGUUCAGGGAUCGUGAAGAUAACACCCGAGUAUCCUCUGUAUCUAAGUGACUCCAUGGAUGGUUUGGAAGGCUUGACUGGGAUUCAAGAUAAUGAUAUCGCUAUUAAUGGAGAUAAUAAAGCCUUGGGAACUCAAUUACCUGCGUUUUCUGGUGCGUAUACUUCUGCUCAGGUUCAGGAUGUCUUUGAGACAGAUAUGGAUCAUGAAAUUGGUUCUGAUAGAGACAAUACAAGCACUGUGUUUGAGGAAGCUGAGAGUAUCUCAGUGGGUGAAUUGAUUAAGAGUCCAGUAUUCAGCGAAGACGAGUCAUCGGAUAGCUCGCUCUGGAUUGAUUUGGGUCAGAGUCCCGCUGAUUCUGAUAAUGCAGGUCAUCCGAACAAGAAAAAGAGCCCCUUACUGGUUCCCCAAAGCCACAAACGAAGAAUCUCCCCUAAACCAGAUUCAAAGGCUAAUAAUGGCAGCAACGGUGGAAGGCAUGUUCUCUCUUUUGAUGCUGCUGUUUUGUCAGUAUCACAUGAAGUGGGUGAAGAAGUCUCAGAAGAAGGAAAAACUGAAAUGAAUCAAACAGACACAAGUCGUCGGUUGCGAGUUAAUGAGAUCGAAGAAGAAGGAGGGAGCAGUGAGCUAGUUCCUAAUGCAAAUAGAAAUGGUUCUACCUCUGGAAUCAAAGAGAGUGCGAUAAGAAGGGAAACCGAAGGCGAAUUUAGGCUGUUAGGUAGAAGGGAGAAGAGUCAGUAUAAUGGUGGGAGACUUCUUUUGAAUGAAGAUGAACAUCCCAGUAAACGAAGAGUAUCGUUUAGAUCAGUAGAUCAUGGUGAAGCAUCUGUGAUCAGUCUUGGGGAUGAAGAUGAAGAAGAAGACGGAAGCAAUGGAGUAGAAUGGGAUGCUGAUCAGAGAGAACCAGAGAUCGUUUGCAGGCACAUUGAUCAUGUCAACAUGUUAGGUCUCAACAAAACCACCUCGAGACUCCGGUACCUCAUUAACUGGCUUGUGACCUCUCUGCUUCAAUUAAGGCUGCCUAGAUCAGAUUCAGAUGGAGAGCACAAGAAUCUUGUUCAGAUUUAUGGUCCCAAGAUCAAAUACGAGCGUGGAUCCUCUGUGGCAUUUAAUGUCAGGGAUUUGAAAAGUGGAAUGGUGCAUCCUGAGAUAGUGCAGAAACUAGCUGAAAGAGAAGGGAUAUCUCUAGGCAUUGGUUACCUCAGUCACAUAAAGAUCAUCGAUAGUCGAAGCGGUGAUUCAAGUUCUUGGAAACCGGUGGAUUGUGAUGGCAAAAACAACGGGUUCAUAAGAGUUGAGGUUGUCACCGCUUCUCUUGGGUUCUUGACAAACUUUGAAGAUGUUUUCAGGUUAUGGAAUUUCGUGGCUAAGUUCUUGAGUCCAGGUUUUGCUAAACAGGGGACGCUCCCAACAGUUAUUGAAGAAGAUGAUGCUUCAGAAACUUAAAGACAUGAGCCAUGGAUACAUUUUUUCCCUACACUUCCUUUACUGUACUUAAAUUGUUAUUAUCUGAGAACAUUCUCUUGUAUGAAUUUGGGAAUUUAUGUGAGCAGAGAUGAUCUCAGACAAGAAGAUUUCAGAUGUCAGCAUAUUGUAACUGUUCAUCUGUCUUCUAUCUUUGUGUCACACAAUUCAUUGAUUCAUAUCCAAAUUUUAGUA